GACCGGUGGAAAAAUGAGGCUGGAGUCCCUGCUGCAGCUGGUAUUGCUGCUCUCCCUGCCCAGGAGUCUGGGGGGCAGGGGGUGUCCAUCUCCACCCUGCGAGUGCCACCAGGAGGACGACUUCAAAGUCACCUGCAAGGAUAUUCACCGCAUCCCCAGCCUACCGCCCAGUACGCAGACUCUGAAGCUCACAGAGACUCGUCUGAAAACCAUUCCCAGUCUUGCAUUUUCAAAUCUGCCCAAUAUUUCCAGGAUCUACUUAUCUAUAGAUGGAACUCUGCAGCGGCUGGAAUCACAUUCCUUCUACAAUUUGAGCAAAAUGACUCACAUAGAAAUUCGAAACACCAGAAGCUUAACUUUCAUAGAGCCUGAUGCCCUGAGAGAGCUCCCCCUCCUCAAGUUCCUUGGCAUUUUCAACACUGGACUUAGAAUAUUCCCUGACCUGACCAAAGUUCAUUCCACCGAUGUAUUCUUUAUACUUGAAAUUAUGGACAACCCUUACAUGACUUCAAUCCCUAUAAAUGCCUUUCAGGGACUGUGCAAUGAAACCUUAACACUUUAUCUAAACAAGAAUAAAUACCUGACAGUUAUUGACAAAGAUGCAUUUGGAGGAGUAUACAGUGGACCAACCCUCUUGGACGUGUCUUACACCAGUGUUACUGCCCUGCCGUCYAAAGGCCUGGAGCACCUGAGGGAACUGAUAGCAAGAAACACUUGGACUCUUAAGAAACUUCCACUUUCCUUGAGCUUCCUUCACCUCACACGGGCUGACCUUUCUUAUCCCAGCCACUGCUGUGCUUUUAAGAAUCAGAAGAAAAUCAGAGGAAUCCUUGAGUCCUUGAUGUGUAAUGAGAGCAGUAUCCGGAGUUUGCGUCACAGAAAAUCUGUGAAUGGUCCCAUCUACCAGGAAUAUGAAGAAGACGCGGGUGAUAGCAAUGUUGAAUACAAGCAAAACUCCAAGUUCCAGGAUAUCCACAGCAACUCCCAUUAUUAUGUCUUCUUUGAAGAGCAAGAGGAUGAGAUCAUUGGUUUUGGCCAGGAGCUCAAAAAUGCCCAAGAAGAGACUCUACAAGCCUUUGACAGCCAUUAUGACUACACUGUGUGUGGGGACAAUGAAGACAUGGUGUGUACCCCCAAGUCAGACGAGUUCAACCCCUGUGAAGACAUAAUGGGCUACAAGUUCCUGAGAAUCGUGGUGUGGUUUGUUAGUCUGCUGGCUCUUCUGGGCAAUAUUUUUGUCCUGUUCAUUAUCCUCACUAGCCAUUACAAGCUGACUGUCCCACGCUUUCUGAUGUGCAACUUGGCCUUUGCAGAUUUCUGCAUGGGGAUAUACCUGCUCCUCAUUGCCUCUGUGGACCUCUACACGCACUCUGAGUACUACAACCAUGCCAUCGACUGGCAGACAGGUGCUGGGUGCAACACAGCUGGUUUCUUCACUGUCUUUGCCAGCGAGUUGUCCGUGUACACACUGACGGUCAUUACCCUGGAGCGCUGGUAUGCCAUCACCUUUGCCAUGCGCCUGGACCGGAAGAUCCGCCUCAGGCAUGCCUAUGUCAUCAUGGUGGGUGGCUGGGUUUGCUGCUUCUUGCUUGCCCUGCUCCCUCUGGUGGGAAUAAGUAGCUAUGCCAAGGUCAGCAUCUGCCUGCCCAUGGACACUGAGACCCCUCUUGCUCUGGCCUACAUUGUUCUUGUUCUGUUGCUCAAUAUCGUGGCCUUCGUCAUCGUGUGCUCCUGCUACGUGAAGAUCUACAUCACGGUUCGAAAUCCCCAGUACAACCCUGGAGACAAAGACACCAAAAUUGCCAAAAGGAUGGCUGUGUUGAUCUUCACCGACUUCAUGUGCAUGGCUCCAAUCUCCUUCUAUGCCCUGUCGGCACUUAUGCACAAGCCUCUCAUCACUGUCACCAACUCCAAAAUCUUGCUGGUUCUCUUCUAUCCACUGAACUCCUGUGCCAAUCCAUUCCUCUAUGCUAUUUUCACCAAGGCUUUCCAGAGAGAUGUGUUCAUCCUGCUCAGCAAGUUUGGCAUCUGUAAACGCCGGGCUCAGGCAUACCAGGACCAGAGAGUUUGUCCAAAGAACAGCACCGGUGUUCAGAUCCAUAAGGUUACCAGGGACAUGGGACAGAGUCUCCCCAACAUGCAGGAUGCCUAUGAACUGCUGGAAAAUUCCCACCUAACUCCAAAUAAACAGGGCCAAAUCUCAGAGGAGUAUAAGCAAACAGUCUUGUAA